AUGUUGAUCAAGUACGUUUCUCAGCUCCAGCACGACUCCGUCCCCAUUGUAUCGUCGCAUGACCCCGUACUUGGACAAGGUUACCUAGAGCCACAAGCUGACAUUUCCCGUCCAAACAGGGUCCGAACGCUCACCGGCAAGGAGAUUGAGCUCGAUAUCGAGCCUGACUACAAGGAGCGUGUCGAAGAGAAGGAGGGAAUUCCCCCGGUCCAGCAACGACUCAUCUUCGGCGGCAAGCAGAUGGCGGACGACAAGACAGCCUCAGAAUAUAACCUCGAAGGUGGCGCCACGCUCCAUCUCGUGCUUGCUCUACGUGGAGGAUGCGCUGCGAAGUCAAUGUAA